GCCGCCAAGUGACGACACAGCUGACUCCGCCUUGAGCCAUCUAGCCUUUAUAUACAUAUCUAUGGUGAAAUCCUUGAAAACCGGUUCAUAUUUGUUGUCUAUUCUUGGAUUAAAACGCGGCAGAGUCACCGUUUGCCUGAAAGAGGCGAGUCUUGGGGUCAACCAUGUUUCACAACAGCUCCCAGAAGAAAUUCUGGACAUUUGAUAAAGAGGAAACUUUAGACAAAUUAAGACAGGAAGCUAAUCAGAAUUUCUCCACUAAAGCUCUGUCCAGCGGUAAACCCGGUAUAAAUGAAUCAUUGCUUCUCGAUCAACGGGAAGAAAAGGUGCUUUUUAGACACUAUGAGAAAAGAUUACUGGACUUCUGCAGUAUAUUCAAGCCUGCAAUGCCGAAAUCUGUUGUGGGCACAGCCUGUAUGUAUUUUCGUAGAUUCUAUUUGAACAACUCCUUAAUGGAGUAUCACCCUCGGACAAUAAUGUUGACAUGUGCUUAUCUCUCCUGUAAAGUGGACGAGUUUAAUGUUUCUAGCUCUCAGUUUGUGGGAAACCUUCAGGAGACCCCAGCAGCACAGGAGAAGGCUCUGGAACAGAUUUUGGAGUAUGAACUUCUUCUUAUCCAGCAGCUUAAUUUUCAUCUGGUUGUUCACAAUCCUUAUCGACCCUUAGAGGGCUUUCUUAUUGACCUGAAGACAAGAUACCCAUUGUUGGAGAACCCAGAGAUGCUAAGAAAGAGUGCUGAAGACUUUCUCAACAGAGCAACAAUGACAGAUGCUGGGCUCCUCUACUCUCCAUCUCAGAUUGCCCUCACCUCCAUUCUGAACAGUGCUGCACGCGCCGGGCUCAAGAUGGAGACUUAUUUGAUGGAAUGCAUCGGACUUAAGGCGGACAAAGAGACCCUCUCAAAGAUGUAUGAUUCCAUGAGAUGUAUGACAAGUCUUAUUAAAGCAUAUGAGCCUCCUAAAACUGAAGAGGUCAAUGUCUGCAAACAGAAGCUGGAGAGGAUUCAUGCUGAAUUUGCUACAAACUUGAAAAGAAAACAUGGAUAUGAAGAUGAUGAUCACGUUGUGAAAAAGCAGAUGAUUACUGAAGAAGAGUGGACUGAUGAGGAUUUGGAUGCAUUGUAACGACAUUGUAGCUUUUCCAGUGUUUUUAAAGCGGCGAGGCCAAUGAAUUGUGGUUUUUCUUUCAUCAGAAAGAGUUUAUGAAUUUACCUGAUUUUGCUAUCACUAUGGGUAAAGGGCUGAACUUUAAGCCAAUCAAGAUUGUAAAUAUAAAAAAAAUGUUGUGUAAUAUGAAACUUCUUCCCCUAUAAAAAUAAAAUAUUUUUUAAUAUUCA